UAGCCGCAGAAGGGGUCUCGUCGGCAUUCGCGGUGGCCAGUACUGCGGUUACAGAAAGGCAUAGUAGCCGUUUCGACCACACCUGUGUAUCGUGGCGUGGCCCGUCACCACAUUGCUUGUCCCAGUUUCUCGUUUCUGAACGGACCACCAAAUCUCAAGACAUUGGUAGUUCUCAGAAGUGGAAUCGACCUAAGUCUCGCGAUCAGUAGGCAUUCCGAGUUGCCACAGGCACAUGAUCCGUCGUGUCGUGUUAACAAUCGGUGAUUCUGAUCAACGGUCGUUGGCCAGAACCAUUCAUUCGAUCAACGGUCGCUGCAGGCAUGAGCUACGCGGCCUAUAAAGUUGUCCACCCGCCGACCGGCGUCACCUGCUGCGCCUCCGGUUUCCUGACUCGUUCGGCGACCGCCGAGCCUCUGCCGAACCUGAUCGUCAGCCGCGGGAAUGUGCUGGAAGUGUUCUCGGUGCGGAGCAAUGCGGUGGGCGGGGAGGCGGAGGAGGGGGGGCGGAAAGGGGAAGCGGGGGGAGACGGGGGAAGCAGCAAGGUUGCUGGAAGUAAUGUACUGCCUGGAGCGACUCUGGAUGUCGUCUGCGAGUUCAGCUUCCUCUCACGCCCAGCGUUUUUUGGUCUUCCGAAUGCUGGGGUGGCUACCAUGCUGUUGGUAACUUGGUUCCAGAAGCGAAAGCAGCUCGUAUCCCAUCGUCUCCCUGGGUUUUCUUUUCCACUUACCCCUCGGCUUACUUUUGAGGCGCCUCAAAAGUCUUUUCCACUUACCCGUCGGCUUACCCCUUGCAUCUUGACCCCAGGAUGAACGGAGUGGUGCAGAGCAUGGCAGUGGUGCCAGAGGCGGCUGCAAUGCAACUGACGCACCAGGCUGGGCUGAACGGAGUGGUAGAGAGCAUGGCAGUGGUGCCAGGGGCGGCAGCAACUGACGCGCCUGGCUGGGUGGGGACUGGGGGAGGCGGUCCCAACUCCGGGAGUGGUGCGGGGAGAGGUGCGGGAAGAGGGGGAGCCGGGGGGGAGGGCGGUGGGAGGGGAGGGAGAGGGAGGGGAGGACGGCAGAUGGGCAAGAGAGAUGCAAGAGGUGGGGGGGAAGUUGGUGGGGGUGGUGCGAUUGCUGGAGACCUGAGCGCAAUGCAGGGUGCUAUUGGUAGUGGUAGUGGCAACAGUAGCGGCAGCGGCAGCGGCAGCAGCUACAGUGGUCGCAAGGAUGCGCUGGUGCUGACGUUUCGAGAGGCCAAGGUGUCGGUGGUGGAGUUUGAUGAUGCCACACAGCGGCUCAAAGUCAGCUCUCUGCACUUCCUUGAAGGGCCGGAGUGGGCUGCUCGAAAGAGGGGCAGAGAAAACUUUCCGCUUCCGCCCAUCGCGCGCUCUGAUUGGUCGGGCCGCUGCUCAGCUGUGCUAGUGUACCGCUGCCACCUGCACUUCCUCACCCGCAAGCAAGCAGGCCACAACCAGACAGGUCACAACCAGACAGGGCAUAACCAAGCGGCCGAUACCGAAGCAGCAGCCGCUGCUCUGGCUUCUCCCACAGCCCUCCGGUCCUCGUCUUUCAGCAAGUCUGGUUCGGACCGAGCCUCUUUGGACCGGCCCUCUUCCUUCAAGGGAGGCUUGGACCGGUCCUCCUCUUUCCGAGGAGGCUCGGCGGGCCAGGCUCCUAGGUUCGGCGGCUCUUUCACUAUCGACUUGCGGCCCCUUGGGAUCUCCAAUGUGCGGGAUUUUGUCUUUUUGUCCGAGCCUGGAGACCCCAUAGUGGCAGUGCUAUGGGAGGAGGGCAACACAUGGGCGGGGAGGCUCGGAGGGUCCUCCCCUUCAGUUCUCGAGGCUCGCUUCUCCUGUGCCGUCACCUUCCUACGGGUGUCGCUGCAUACCCGCUCUCAUCUCAUUCUUGGAACUACCAAGCAUCUCCCCUUCGACUCCUACGCGCUCUCCCCCGCCCCCUUCCCCCCCGGGGGCCUCCUCGUCCUCUCCCCCCACUCCCUCCACUUCUGUUCCGCCUCCUCCACCUGCCACCUAGCGCUGAACGAUUCGUCGCCGCCCGCCCUGCCAGAUGGCACCGAGAUCCCUCGUCCACGUCAGCAGCCGGGUCAAGGGCCUCUGUCGGUGGAACUGGAUGCGGCGCAUGCCACGUGGCAGCCUGUGAUUGGGCCAAGUGGAGGCUCGGUGGGGGUUGGAGGGAGAGUCAGUGGUGGGAGCAGCAGCAGCAACAGCAGCAGCAGUGGUGCUGUUGUGUUUCUUGCGAGUAAAGGUGGUGCACUGGUGGUGGUGAAAGUGACGCCCGAGCCAAAGUCACCAACCUUCAGUUUGGACCUUCUACAAGUCCGUGCCACAGUGCAGGCAUCAGGCAUAAUUAGCCUCGGCCCGAGCCUGCUCUUUGUGGCUAGCAGGCUCGGUGACAGUAUGCUCAUUCGUUACCGAGCCAACGAGCUUGGCCUGGAGCAGCGAGGGCCCAAGCGCCUGCGCGCAGAGGAGACUGCAACUGCCGCGGGAGUGUCUGCGGCUGCAUCUUCUGCUGCUGCUGUUGGCGCUGGUGAGGAGGAGCUGGCCACUGCAAGCCCGGCCACCCCAGGGGGGCCUGCCUCGCAAGAGGGCUUCUCCUUCCGAGUGUGUGACUCACUUCUCAACAUCGGCCCGAUCAGAGGCCUGGUGCCCAUCCCAGCGCUGCCCUCCGCUACCCCCCAGCAGCAGCAGGAGGGCAAGCAGCAGCAGCAGAUGCUGGUGGCGUGCAGUGGGCAUGGCAAGAACGGCGCCCUGUCUGUGUUGCUGCAGCGCGUGCCACUAGACGUGCUCACUCAGGAGGACCUGCCUGGCUGCUGUGGCCUGUGGACUGUCUAUGGCUCUGCGCUGCCUGGGGGAGAAAAUGGCCAGGCGGCAGUAGGAGAGGCAGGGGAGAAGACCGGAGGGGGGGAGGGAGCAGGGAAGGAGGGAGGAGGGGUGGAGGGUGGAGGGGAGGGGGAGGGGGUGGGUGGCAGGAAGGGCUCAGGGGAGGUGGGAUCUGGGGCAGGCGCUAUGGAAGUGGAUGGGGGGAGUGGGGCUGCAGGGGCGAAGGAGAAGAGUGGAGGAAUUGGAAGUGGGGUGGAUGGUAGCGAUGGAGGAGAUGGAGGAGAGGGAGGAGAGGGAGAAGGGAAGGCCGGCGGUGGGGACUAUCACGGGUUCCUUGUGCUGGCGUUUGAAAGCCAGAGCAUGGUGCUAGAGACAGGCGAGCUGCUUCGGGAGGUGUCAGCUGAAGUGAGUUUCAUCACCGACGCACCCACUCUCCUUGCUGCCAACCUCUUCUCCCGCCGCUGCAUCCUCCAAGUCACUCCCUCUGCCGUCCGAUUGCUCGCCAGCUCAGCCAUCCUGCUGCAGGAGAUGCUGCCACGUGGCAUGGUAGUUGGGGGGGAGAAAGGGGGCGGGGAAGGGAUGGAGGAGGGGCCGGAGGGGGUAGAGGAUGUGGAGAUUGAGUCUGCUGACGUGGCGGAUCCAUAUGUCAUGCUGCGAUUGGUGGAUGGCCGAUUCGUGCUGCUUGGCCCAGAUCCGUCCAAGCCUCUCUCUCUCAUCCCCAUCCCUUGCCACCUCCCCAGUCCUCCAUCUGACCCCAUCACAGCAUACUCCCUCCUCCUCUGCCCCUCCUCUCACUGCUCCAAAACCAGCUCUCCCACAGCCGUCACCACCACCACCACGAGCAGUGCGCUUGCCUGUGCCCUUGGCAACACUAUCAAAGGCAUCCCUACGUCCACCACCACUCCCGCAUCCCUUAGUCCUCCUGCACUCUCUCCCACUCCGACUCUUCCUCCUCCUCUUCCUCCCUCACUGCCCCUCUGCGCUGUUGCUCGUAGAUCCGGCCUGCUCCAGCUGUACCUCCUCCCCUCCCUCCGCUGCGUCUACUCCUCCCUGGGCCUGGCUGAUAGUCACACUCUCUUGAAGCACACCCCUGCUGCAGCUGCUGCUGCUGCUGCUAUUGUUACUGCAGCAGCGGCAGCUGCAGCAGGCGGAGGAGGAAAAGAGUCUGCUCGUGCGACAGCAGGAGCAGAAGCAGCAGCAGCCGCAGGAACAGCAGCAGCAGAAAGGGCACCAGCAGCAGUGCUUGAUGCAAUGGAGGUAGAUGUGAAGCCAGAGGAGGCUCAGAAGGAAGGAGUGGGCGAGCAGGGGUCAGGGAGGCCGGUGGUGGAGGGAGAGGAAGAGAGGGGGGUGAAGGAGGAGAGGAAGGAGGGGGAGGGGAAGGAGGGGGAGGGGAAGGAAGAGGUGAAAGGGAGUGAUGUGGACAUGGAGGGUGGCAGUGGUGCUGGUAGCGGUCGGGAUACUGAGGGAGUAAAAGCAGAGGAGGGGAGAGUAAAAACGGAGACGAAAGAACCUGUUGCAUCCCACAAAUCAGAGAACGAUGCAGCAGGAACAGCAGGGAGAGCAGGGAGAGAAACUACAGCACACACGCCACCUGCACCAGUCGCACCCUCCCCGUUCGCACCUGAUUGGCCGAAGCUGUUUGUCGUGGAUCUGCACGUAUCCGUCAACCCAGCCACUGGGCGGCUGUUUUUGUUUGUUCUGCUUUCAGACGGGCGGCUGCUGGGGUUCCGAGCAUUCUGCCCCUCUGGAGCCUCCCCUGCUGAUGUGAUUGCAGCGAGUGUGACAGUAUCAGGAGAGGGAAGUGUGAGGGCAGGAGGACGAGCAGGGGGAGGAGGUGGGCGAGGGGAUGGGGAGGGAGAGAAGGGAGCAAAGCCAGGCAGCGUAGGGGUAGCUGGAUUAACAGCUGGACUGGGAGUAGCUGGAUCAGGGGUAGGUGGAUCAGGGGUAGGUGGAUCAGGGGUAGGUGGAUCAGGGGUAGCCGGAUUAGGGGUAGGUGGAUUGCGGUUUCAGAGGGUUUGUCUGGAGGAGGAAGAGGCUGGGAUUCACCAGGUUGAUGUAGAGGGGGGAGUGGAGGAGGAGGGGAAGGGGGAGAGAGGAGAGGGCCGAGAGGCAGUUGCUGGUGAUGGGGGAGGGGGAGGGGGAGAUAGCAGGGUGAAGCAAGAGGGAGGUGAGACUGGGGGAGGUGAUACUGGGGGAGAGGAAAGGGGGGGAGGUGAUCAUGCAGCGGAAGAGAAGGAGCAGGGAGAGGAGGGUAAGGAGAGGAGCAGGAGGGCUGGCAGGCUGAGGAGCAGGAUGCUGUUUCCGUUUCAGGGAGUUGGGCUGGAGGGGAGUGGAGGAGGGGGUGGAGGGGGUGCGGCUGGGAGGGGAAAGGGUGGUGGUGGUGCUGGCAUUGGCGGUGUGUUUGUGGCUGGGAGCAGGCCGAGAUGGCUGAUGGUGCUGAGAGAUCGAGUGUGGAUGCACCCCGUGGUGACAGAAGGGCCUUCGAGCGUUUUAGCCAUGGCACCCUUCCACAACAUCAACUGCACGCACGGCUUCCUCCUCAUCUCCUCCCAAGGCGCGCUCAGCAUCUGCCAGCUGCCGCCCCUCUUCCAGUUCGACAACGCGUGGCCGCUCAACAAGAUUCCUCUGCGCUCCACCCCUCACUCAGUCACUCUCUCCCCCGACGCAGCUCAUCUCUUGCUCGUCACUUCCACUCCUGUAUCACGCGCAGUGUCUCAGUUCCUUGUACCCUCCCUUGAAGACUCAAAAGACCCCUCAGCCACAGCCCUAGGCCCGGCCGGCCCUGGAGGUCCGGGCGCACCAGGAACCACUGGCACAGGCUCGGAGAAAGACACCGAACCAGUAGCUAUGGUAGAGGACUUCCAGCUUCGGGUGGUGGCCUGCCCGAGCCUCGAGGCUCCGAGCCGAGCCCUGGAGGUUCGGCAGAGCUUUGGGUUCCAGCCGUUUGAAGCGGUGACAAUGGUGAAGUCAGUGGUGCUGAGGAAUCGCAGCAGCGGGCAGUUGCAGACCCUUCUGGCUGUGUGCACCACGUUCAUCACUGGGGAAGACACACCGGGGAAAGGCAGAAUCCUGCUCUUUGAGUAUAACCCUCUGGCAACGGCUGAUGGUGACGCUGGUGGUGGUGCUGCCGCUGCCGCUGAGGCUGAGGGCAAGGCUGCGGAUGGGAGCUCUGGGAUACCCUUGCUGAGGGAGCUCUACUCCAAGGAGCCAAUAGCUGGCAGCAGUCAAAGGGGCAGUGUUGCAGCCCUCACAGCCCUACAGGGCAAUCUGCUGCUGGCAGUGGGGCGGCAGCUGGUGCUGUAUGCAUGGAAUGGCGCAGAGCUGGAAGGAAUCGCCUUCUUGGACGCUCCCCUCUAUGUGGUUUCCAUGGCAACGGUUAAAAGCUUUGUGAUACUGGGAGACGUGCUCAAGAGCAUCUACUUCCUGCACUGGCGGGAGGAGGGCGCUCAGCUCACCCUCCUCGCACGAGAUUUCUCCUCUCUUCCGAUCACGGCCGUCGAUUUCCUCAUCGACGGCUCAGCUCUCGGGCUGCUAGCUGCGGACACAGCAAAGAACCUCCAAGUGUUUGCUUACUCCAAGUCCAUUGAGACGCACAUGGGGCAGAAGCUGCUUCUCAAGGCCUCUUUCCACACAGGAGAGGUCAUCUCAAAGGUCCUUCGGCUCCCGCUCCCCGCUCCUCUGGUAAUGGCAGCAGCAGCAGCAGGAGGAGGAGGAGGUGGAGUAUGGGGACUGCCGAGGAACCCAGCAGGUGGAGCUUCGGGCCGGACCAACAGGUUCGGCGUGCUGGCAGGGACGCUCGGCGGUGCGAUUGCGGUGGUGACCCCUGUACCGGAGCUGGUGUUCCGCCGGCUGGACACGGUGCAGCGUUACAUGGUAACUGCAGUGGAGCAGGUUGCAGGGCUGCACCCACUGGCGUACAGGGCAGUGCAAGGCGUGGGGAGGGGCCAAUCACAGUCAGGCGUGGAGCGAUUGAUCGACUCUCAGCUGCUUACACAGUAUGCACUUAUGGAGGACAACCAGCAGCAGCAGCUAGCAGAGGACAUCGGCUCCACUCGCCCCAUGGUGCUGCAGAACCUGCGGGAGCUGGCCCACAACGCCCUGCUCUUCUAGCCGUGAUUUUUUAGAAAUUAAAACCAAAUACCCUGCUAAAUCAGGGCGCUCGGCCUCGAUGCCCUGCAAAAUCAAGGACUGUCAACUUUUCGUGAAUAUUCAUGUAA